GCGCAUGCGCAUUGCGUCCCUUCCUCUUCGGACUUGGGCUUGGGUUCCGGCGACAUGGCUAAACGCACCAAGAAGGUCGGCAUCGUCGGCAAGUACGGGACCCGCUAUGGUGCCUCCCUCCGGAAAAUGGUGAAGAAAAUUGAAAUCAGCCAGCACGCCAAGUACACUUGCUCCUUCUGUGGCAAGACCAAGAUGAAGAGACGAGCCGUCGGCAUCUGGCACUGUGGUUCCUGCAUGAAAACAGUGGCCGGUGGGGCCUGGACCUACAACACCACCUCUGCAGUCACAGUGAAGUCUGCCAUCAGAAGACUGAAGGAACUGAAAGACCAGUAGAAGCCCUGCUGUCUGAGACUUGCCUAGCCUGCAAUAAACGGGUUAUUUACGUAACUUUUUUUUUUUUGCCUUGUUUGUGGUUAAUUAAAACAUUUGGUGUGUGUUCUAUUUUUUAUUUUCGAAAGAUGCUUGUUUUGAGACAUACUGUGUGACCCUGGCUGGCCUUGAGUGCCUGGUUCUCCUUACAAGUGUAGAUACAUCUGGCUUAAGAUUUUAGUCUUUCAGAAAUAAAAAUGUUGCUAAGACAA